AAAGCGUUGUUGGCUCGGUUGCUCUGGAGCUGGGUCCGGGUCUAGUGGCUGCCCGCCCUCCAGCAGCUCGCCAUGGGGAGCACGGAGAGCAGCGAGGGCCGUAGGGUGUCCUUCGGAGUGGACGAGGAGGAGCGGGUCCGGGUGCUGCAGGGUGUCCGGCUGUCUGAAAACGUGGUGAACCGCAUGAAGGAGCCCAGCUCUCCACCCCCUGCUCCUGCACCUUCUACCUUGGGCCUUCAAGAUGGCAACUUGAGAGCCCCUCACAAAGAAUCCACACUGCCCAGAUCGGGGAGCAGUGGUGGCCAGCAGAUCUCAGGGGCAAAGGAGGAUGUCAAGAGGUGUGAACAGGAGCAUGCUGCUGUCCAGGAUAAGCUCUUCCAGGUGGCAAAGACGGAAAGAGAGGCUGCCACCAAGCACUCCAAGGCAUCCGUGCCCGUGGGUGAAGGCAGCAUCAGCCAUGAGGAGCAGAAGUCAGUCCGGCUGCAGGCCAGGGAGCUGGAGAGCAGAGAGGCAGAGCUAAGACGCCGUGACACCUUCUACAAGGAGCAGCUGGGGCGUAUUGAGAGGAAGAAUGCUGAGAUGUAUAAACUGUCUUCACAGCAAUUCCAUGAGGCAGCUUCGAAGAUGGAGAGCACAAUAAAGCCCCGCAGGGUGGAGCCCAUCUGCUCAGGGCUGCAGGCCCAGAUCCUCCACUGCUACCGAGAUCGCCCGCAUGAGGUGCUGCUGUGCUCAGACCUGGUCAAGGCAUACCAGCGCUGCGUGAGCGCCGCCCACAAGGUAAGGCCUUGCCUGCCUCCCAGGUUUCCAGGGGGCUUGGGAGGUAGGGGAGGUACCUCUGUCUAGCAUUGGAGAUCUCUGCCUACCUUUUCCUGUUAGAGUCAGACGCUCCACCUGGAGGUAUCUGCAUUUGCAAAGGGAGGGAUUCUUGAGUCUUCACUUUCCUCAGUCACCUGCACACUCUCCUGGCUGCUUCCAGGAGCGCCUUGGACAUCUGGCGCUGGGGAGAUGAUCCCUGUGGCGUUUGCCCUGUUAGGCUGGGUGGGAGCAGGCUGGGUAAAGUCAGGCCCCACCUUGAAGGGCCGGGCCCCUUGUGGGUGCCAGGGAUUUCUUAGCUCUUAGCACUUAGGGGUGGGAGUGUGGCAGAGGCCCGAGUGCAGACUGGGGGU